UUGCGUUAAUUAUUCCAUUACCGUCGUCUCCCUUAGGUCUCUGCCCCUUUGAAAUUGAAGACGAACACGGAGGAGCUUCUCUGAAAUAAAGCCACCAGAGAGAGAUAGAGAAGAGGCGUUUAUCUCUGCCUCCUUUAACUCUCUCUGAUUGGAUCCUCUCUUCUAUCUAUCCUCCUUAAUCUUUUUUCCUUUUUCUUUUUAUAUAUAUUUUGAAAAAUUCUACACGCAAAAAUGACGGGAAUUCCUCGGAAUCAUGAUCACACCUCUAAUUCUAAACGAAGCAAUGUCUUCAAUUUGGUUGCACGGAGAGAGAUUUCACCAAGAACAAAACAUGCAGCAAGAGAUGCAAGGCGUGGCCUCCUGUCAUGGGUUGAGGCUGAUUCAUUGCGGCAUUUGUCAGCCAAGUAUUGCCCUUUAUUACCUGCCCCAAGGUCUACUAUUGCAGCAGCGUUUAGUCCAGAUGGAAAAGUUCUUGCAUCCACGCACGGUGACCACACAGUAAAGAUAAUCGAUUGUGAAACUGGACGUUGCUUAAAGGUGUUAAUGGGCCAUAUGAGGACGCCUUGGGUGGUUAGGUUCCAUCCAUUGCAUCCACAUAUACUUGCUAGUGGGAGCUUGGAUCAAGAAGUUCGAUUAUGGGAUGCUAACACAUCAGAGUGCAUAACAUCUCACCAUUUCUAUCGCCCAAUCGCUUCCAUUGCUUUUCAUGCGAAAGGGGAAAUUAUUGCUGUUGCAUCAGGCCACAAGCUGUACAUAUGGCACUAUGACAAGAAAAGUGAAGCAUCCUACUCACCAAUUUUUGUGUUGAAGACUAGGCGAUCUCUACGAGCUGUGCAUUUUCACCCUCAUGCUGCACCAUAUCUUUUAACUGCUGAGGUCAAUGAUCUUGAUUCUUCAGAUUCCUCGAUGACAGAGGCAACAUCUAUUGGUUAUUUACAAUAUCCUCCACCUGCUGUUUUUGUCACAAAUAUUCAACCCACGGAACAUGUUACUUUGUCCAGUGAACCACCUAAUGUUUCAUCGACUUUCUUCUUCGUUCCUUCGUUUACUGUUGAUGAGUCAAGAGAGGAAUUACAGCGUGCUAGUCAUGACGAUGGCUCGGGUAGAAUGCAAAUUGAGUCCCCUGCGGUGGUUCAGUUUCAAGCAGAUACAAAUGUAACAGAACAAUGUGAUACUUCGUCUCCAAUGGAUACAGUCUCCGAGAUUCCAACUAACUCCCAACCUGGUACAGAAUAUCCCGCUCAUUCUUCUUUCUCUAAUGGAAUGGGAAUUGGCAUCCGCAACCUCACAAUGGAUGGUAUGGAGACUGAUGAAACCAGACCGUCGGAAGGAAGUCAACAUGGAAACGUUACUGAUGUAAGUUCUCUCAAUGGCAUGUUACACGGAGUAUCGGGACAGACUGCAAAUCAUGGGGUUCAUUCAGAGUUUGGUCAAUUUCAUCAGUUUGUUUCUCCAAGAGACACAAGUGGCUGGGAAUUACCUUUUCUACAAGGAUGGUUAAUGGGUCAAAGCCAAGUUGGUAUCCCCUCAACGAAUUCUCACCUGGGUGUUAGUCGUGGCACUCUAGCUCAACAGAUUAGUUCUACUGCAACGGCCAAUACUCUUUCCACUUCUAAUGUUGACCCAGAAAUGCCAUCUACAGCAAUGUCUGGCGGCAUCAACAUACCCAGAUCUUCUAUAAGAUCAGGUCUACGGAGUCAGUUUUCCCAAUUGCGUAGACCUGUUUCUGAAUCCCGAAAUCUUGCAGCUUCUACUAAUACCCCACACGAUGGAUCUGACAUCCAAACCAUCAUGAGUCGAAUCCAGUCAGAACUCGCAACAUCUGUGGCUGCAGCGGCAGCUGCUGAAUUGCCUUGUACCGUGAAGUUAAGGGUAUGGUCUCAUGACAUAAAAAAUCCCUGUUCCCCACUAAAUUCUGACAGAUGUCGUCUAAUCAUACCUCAUGCUGUCCUCUGCAGUGAAAUGGGUGCCCACUUUUCACCAUGCGGUAGAUUUUUAGCUGCCUGUGUUGCAUGUAUGCUUCCACAUAUAGAAGCUGAUCCAGGAUUGCAAACUCCAGUACAUCAAGAGCCUGGUGUUGCAACAUCACCAACUCGGCAUCCAAUAUCAGCACACCAAGUUAUGUAUGAGCUGCGGAUAUAUUCCCUUGAGGAGGCAACAUUUGGAUUGGUGCUUGCUUCUCGAGCAAUUAGAGCAGCUCAUUGUCUGACUUCAAUUCAGUUCUCUCCUACAUCUGAGCACAUACUCCUUGCCUAUGGUCGACGUCAUGGUUCUCUUCUUAAAAGCAUUGUCAUUGAUGGAGAAACAACAUUACCUAUAUACACAGUGUUAGAGGUGUAUAGAGUUUCGGAUAUGGAACUUGUUAGGGUGCUUCCCAGUGCUGAAGAUGAGGUUAAUGUGGCAUGCUUUCAUCCUUUUCCUGGGGGCGGGCUAGUUUAUGGAACAAAGGAAGGAAAGCUUAGGAUCCUCCACUACGAUGGUGCUCACCCAGUGAAUGGCAAUGGACCGAGUUACUUUCCUGAGGAAACCGUCGUUGGAUUCAGUCAGUGAACAAGGUUUAAACAUGAUUGGUGAUGGAAUUCAAUGAUAUGCUUCACAUUAUCUUUAUCACUCACGUGCUGUUUCAACUGAUGAUCUGUACAAAUUUAACAUCAUCAUAUCCAGGCAACCGAGAACUGGAACUUCACACUCACUGCAUUAGGAAAUGUAUAUUUUUGUAUUAUCAAUGUAUGAAUAUGUAUGUAUUAGUAUUCUCCUUUUGUAAAAAUAUCUGUUCCCUUUGUCUGCUUACCCUCCUUCCUCGUGCCCCUUCUAAGGUGUAUCUUCCUUUCUACAUGUGUAACCUGUUCAGUAGUUACAAGGGGAAACAAAUUUAUCCUCAGAAAUCUCAUAAUUUAGGAACAUGAAUUUGCUUUUGUGAAACUUUUAGACGAUCUUAUCACGUAAAUUUGGCAUUUACAUUUUAAAGGAAGAGAGCACACCAUUCUAAA